CAAAUUGCUGUUUAUGAUUUGUCAGGUGAGAAAUUCUCAGAAAUUGUGGGAAGUCCAUAUUACAUGGCUCCAGAAGUACUAAAGCGGAAUUAUGGACCUGAAAUAGAUAUAUGGAGUGCUGGUGUCAUUCUCUAUAUUCUUUUAUGUGGAGUACCCCCGUUUUGGGCUGAAACUGAACAAGGAGUUGCACAAGCAAUUCUCUGUGGAACUAUAGAUUUUAAGCGUGAACCAUGGCCAAAUGUUUCAGAAAAUGCAAAGGAUCUUGUUCGCUGUAUGCUGGAACCUGACCCGAAAAGCAGACUGACAGCAAAGCAAGUGCUAGAGCAUCCCUGGCUUCAAAAUGCUAAGAAAGCCCCAAAUGUUUCUCUUGGUGACGUUGUGAAAUCAAGGCUAAAACAGUUCUCAAGGAUGAAUAGAUUUAAAAGGAAAGCUUUACGGGUCAUUGCUGACCACUUAUCCACUGAAGAGGUUGAAGAUAUGAAAGAGAAGUUUAAGAUGAUGGACACUGAUAAUGAUGGCAUUGUCUCGUAUGAGGAGCUAAAAAAUGGGCUUUCAAAAUUUGGCUCCCUGCUUGAGGAGUCUGAAGUGCAAAUGCUUAUUGAAGCAGUGGAUACCAAUGGAAAAGGAAAGUUGGACUAUGGUGAGUUUGUAGCUGUUUCCCUUCAUUUACAGAAAAUGGCGAAUGAUGAGCACCUACGAAGAGCCUUCUCGUUCUUCGACAUGGAUGGGAAUGGUUUCAUUGAGCCUGAGGAGCUUCGAGAGGCUUUGGCUGAAGAUGGAUCUAAAGAGAGCACUGAUGUGGCUAAUGACAUCUUACAAGAAGUUGACACUGAUAAGGAUGGUAGGAUCAGUUAUGACGAGUUUGUAGCCAUGAUGAAAACUGGAACAGAUUGGAGGAAAGCAUCAAGACACUAUUCGAGAGGAAGAUUCAAUAGUCUCAGCAUCAGCUUGAUGAUGGAUGGCUCGGUAAAUAUGUUUGGAGAGUUACAAUGACAUCCAGGAUGACCAUCUUAUUACUUCUAAUUGUUUUUGGUGGAAAUACCAGCUCCAUCUCUGGCUUGACAUCUCUUCUUCAACACAAUUGGGCUUCUCUAUGUAAUUAGUUCUCAUUACUGAAAUCACUUUGUGAUAAAGCUGUUUUGGAAGCUGUAGAAUGUGUAGCUUUCAUGUAAAUUGUCUGUCUUCUAAUUGUGACAUUGGACUUUUGAUGUCCAGGUUUUGUAAUGUCUUGGGUUGCUAACCUAUAUCUGGUUAGAUUUAGGUUCAUUCAUAGAUUGGAUUGGGCACAAAUUUAUUUAUUUAUUUGUAUAUCAACUACUUAUAUUGUCUUUGAAGUGCAAACAUUUGAUAAGUUCUAUUGAUUGAAACAAUGAAA